AUGAGCAAUCAGGAAAUGAUUUGUUCAUCCUUGAGAGUUCUUCAUUCUCCUUCAGAGUCACAAAGUAGAUCAAGGCCUGGAGGCACUGAAAGCCCUGGCAAAAUGGAUGACAGAGAGUUUUCAGUGCCCUGGCGUCUCAUUGUAGCGACUCUUGGGAUCUUCUGUUUACUUCUUUUGGCGACAGCCAGAGUGUUGGGGACAAAGAUUUUUCAGCAUAUUCAAGAAAAACAUCAACAGGAGGAAAUUCUACGAAAUCUCAGUCAAAAGUACCACAAUAUAAAAAAUGAUAGCUACUUAAAGGAGCAACUUCUGACAAAGAAGACUUUAGAAUAUGACAUUCUCAAAAAUGAAACUCUUCAGCAGAAAAAGGAACUGGACUCACUCUUUAUAGGAAAGAAGAGAUGUAGAAAACAGGAGAGCUUUUCAAAGUCUUUGCAAAAUACAGGCAAACUCUGUGAAGACCACGGGUCCUGUUGUGGAGGAAAGUGUUAUUAUUUUACCACUGAAACAAAAGACUGGAAGGGAUGUAAACAGACUUGCCAAAGUUGCAGUUUAUCUCUUUUGAAGAUAGAUGAUGAAGAUGAACUGGCCUUCCUUCAACCCCAGGCUUAUGGAAAUCUCUACUGGAUUGGAUUAUCAUAUAAUGCAGAGGAAAGGAAGUGGAAAUGGAUUGACAAUGGCACAUUUUCUGGAAUUAAAUCUACAAUAGUGAGUUUGCCUUCUGGGAUAGGACAAUGUGCAUUUUUAAGCUCAAGAAGAAUAACAAAUAUUGAUUGCUCCAAAACCUAUAAUUGUAUCUGUGAGAAGAGAAUUGACUGUGUUUCCACUGCCCACUUCAAGUAGACACAGAAGAAAGGGACUUACUCCAUUAUGGAAAAAGAGAUGAGUUGGAAGAGGAAGAAAAUGCUCUUUUGGACCGUGAUUUAAGAGAUCAGAUGCCGGCUGUCUUCUUGGGGAAGAGGGGAAGAUUUUGUCUUUGGAAAUCAGUUACCCCUCUCUUUAAUGACCCUGAGAAAUUCUCUCUUUCUGUUUCCCUGAACUACCCACAGAGCCAAUUAGACAGCUCUGGAUCUUCCUUAUCCAUAGGAUAAAUCAUUUCAAUAGGCUUAGGCUUGGAGAGAUAGCACAAUAAAGAACUAAAAAAAUAGUUAUCCUGCCCAUCCCUCAUUUAGAUGCUUACUUCUCAUUUAAAAUUGAAGCGAUAGUACCAAGAACUGUCAUAUAACCUUUACCCAUAGUUACCAUUUGUUUAUAUUUUGCUCUAGCUGCACUUUACAGUUCUCUUUCUCUCUAUAUACUGAUCCAUUUGAUAAUAAAUUGGGGACAUUAUGUUCCUUUGUCUAAAUAUUUUACAGGAACAAGGACUUUGUCUUUUAUAACCAUAGUACAAUGAUCAAAAUCAGGAAAUUGAGCAUUUCUACACUACUAUGAUUUCAUCUAUAAUCCAUAUGCAAAUUUUGUCAACUGUCCCGACAAUGUCAUUUAUAGGUAUUUUUCCUUCAUGUUCAGGAUCAUGCAAUACAUUUAGUUGUGAUGUCACAUUAGUUUCCUUUAAUAUGGGACAAUUUCUCAGGAUUUCUUUGUUUUUCUUGACCUUGACAUUUUAAUAAUCAACCUUACUGAGUCAUACAUUCAUGCAAUAAAAUGCAUCUUUUUUAAAUCAUGAGAUCAAUGGGUUUUUAACAAAUGUGUACACCUCUUAAAUACCAUCAAAUCAAGACAAAGAACAUUUUCAUCACCUCCAAAAGUUCUUUUCUGCCCCUCCCCACCCACUUGGCCCCAGACAACCAGUGAUAUGCUUUCUGUCACUAUAAAUUAGUUUUGCCUAUUAUGGAAUUUCAUACAUCAUGUGCUGUUUUGUCUCUGGCUUCUUUUUGCUCAGCAUAUUUUUGAAAUUAAUUCAUGUUCUUUCAUGUAUCAUUAGUUCAUUCUUUUUGUUACUGCGUAGUAUUGCAUGGUACGGAUAUACCACAAUUUGUUCAUCCACCUAUGGACAUUUGAUGUGUUUCCAGUUUUUGGCUAUUAUGAAUUAACUUACCAUGAACAUUUAUGUGCCAGUCUCUGUGUGGACAUGUGUUUUCAUUUCUUUUUAUUAAAUAUCUAGGAAUUUGAUUGUUGAAUCUUAUGGUAAGUGCAUGUUUAAUUUUGUAAGAAACUUCUAGUUCAUUUUCCAAUGUGGUUGCAUCAUUUUAUUUUCCCAGUAGCAACAUAUGAGAGUUCCAGUUGCUUCAUAUCAUUGCAAGAUUUGAUAUUGUCAAUCUUUUUAAUUUUAGCUAUUUAUGGUGGGUAUGUAAUGGUAUCUCAUUGUGGUUUUUAAUUUGUAUUUCCCUGAAGACUAACGACAUGGAGCAUCUUUUCAUGUAUUUAUUGGCAAUUUGUAUAUCUUCUUUUGUGAAGUAUCUGUCCAAUAUUUUGCCCAUUGAAUUGUCUAUUCUCUCUUUUUUAAAAUUGUGUUUGUCUGUCUUAUUAUGGAAU